CAACAUCAUGUUCUGGAAGGCUCCGGUCGACGAGAACUCGCCCGUUAUUGUCCAGAUAGGUACGUUGAAGAUCACCUGGGCGGAGGUCAUCAUCGGUGUGGAGAGCGGCCUCCUCAUGUUCCCCAUCAACAUCCUCAUAAUCACCAUCUUCCGCAGCAUCAGGCCACGCCUCCAGCCACCAAAGGCCCCGCAGAGUGGCACACAGAACCAGAAGGCUGUGGCUGUUGCCAUGCCAACUCUCCUCAAGGAAAUUGAGGAGGUGGUGAAUAUGCUCAGCAAAAGCCCCAAAAACCAAAUCAAGCCGCUGGCAGGGACGUUGCAGUCUUCUGCAGACCUCUCCGCAGCUUUGGACGUCAUUCAUACGGUUAUUCAUGUGAUGCAAGGAGAGACUGAGAGCGAUCACCAUUGGGUCCACUGCAGCCAUUUUGUGCUGUACUCUCUGGCCCGCCUGUCCGAGUCCCUGGAGCGGCUGGGCGCCGGGGCCUUCUCCUGCACAGAGGAAUACCAAUGCGUCAGGAGCAUGAUGGGAUUGCUGCUGAAGAAGGCAGAGAUGGUGGCCAUGUGUCACACCACUCAGAGGCCAGUGCUUGUGGUGCACAAGAAGAAGUCCAGCUGCUGGCUCCCCUGGUGGUUUGUGUUUGUGGGCUGGUUCCUGCUGUUCUCCAUCAGUGGCGUGUCCACCUUCUUUACCCUGCUCUACGGUUUCGUCUACGGGAAGGAGAUGUCCAUUCAAUGGGUCAUCUCCCUCGGACUGUCACUUUUCCAAAGCAUCUUUGUCCUGCAGCCACUCAAGGUGAUAGCCCUGGCAAUCUUCUUUGCUCUGAUCAUGAGGCCAGUGGCUGUGGAGGAGAGCGAGGAGGUGGGGAUUCUCCUGAAAGAGCAACAGAGGAGACGUGAGCAGUACACCGGGAGGACAGUGUCCUGAUGGGAAACGGGACUGCAGGGGAUGAACUAACCUGAGUGACCCAAUCUGACAUGUAAAAUAUAUUUAUUUUAGCUCAGACAGUUCACUGAAAUAAUGGCAAUGGCAUAUAUGUAUCUUGCUUUCAUUAUGUCUUAUUUCUCCUCAUUGUCUUAUUAUGAACUUAAUAAUUAAACAGGCCAAAGAAAUGGAUAUGCUAAUAUACAAUUUUAGUAAGCACUGUGAAGUUUGUCUAUUGAAAAAAAACCAUUGUGGCCUAUUGACUGUAAAUCAUAGAAGACUUGGCCAUUAUAGUUGCGUUAGUAUGUGUUUAUAUCUUUCCAAAUAUAGUGUACUAUUUCUUGCAUUAACUUCUAUCAGAACAAUUGUCCCAUGUCUCUUGAAUUUACAAAGAAUACAAGAUGUUUUCUCUGACAUCAUUUAAAUAAGGGAGUCAAGUCACUACAUAAUGAUGUACACUAGCCUACUAACAGAGAGACGAAGACCACAUUUGAGAUUUAAUCUCAGUUUCUAAAGAUGAUUUGGGUAAUAACAUCAAAUAAAAAUAAAUUGUUUGACAAAUAUUGUAUCGCAUACUAAACUGAGGCUGACUACAAGCUCAGCAAGCUACAUGUUCAUCGCUUAAUAUUCUGUCCAAGAGCACUUAUUCGUCUCUCUCUCUCUGAGCAGCCUAUUGAUUAUAUGGUGACAGUGACUGCUACAGUUAACACUCUCAUGAAGACUAUUUUUGUUACAUAACAGGCAUAUUUCUCUAACAUAUGUCCACCACUUACACUUCCAUCACUCAGAGAUGAGGGAGGGCAACAGCAUAUUAUUUGUGACUCAUACUGUACUAACACUGAGAGACCAUUUCUCUGUUUGAGCUUGUGUUCCUAUUACAUCUGAUGACUUCCAAAAUAAAUCUGAUAAAUGUGCAUUAUUAUAUGGCCAUUACUGUUAGGAACACCAGAGCACACAC